GAUAUUCGAUGAGGACCAAUAGGAUUUGCUUUUCUAAAUACCAUGAAGUCUUGGUUUGGAACAAACUCAGAGGAUAGUGUCGCCAUAUUUGAUACCAGGUGAAGCAGAGUUGAUCUGCAGCCCGUUCUUCUUUGUUGAGUUAUGCGUUAGAAUUUCAUUAGUUGAAUCGUGUGAUUGGUUGAGUGAGUGAAACAGAAGAAUGGCUACCUUGUCAGAGGAAGCAGCUCGUCUUCUGGACUUCAACCAGAAGCUGGACAUAAACUUGCUGGAUAACAUUGUUGGUGCAAUGUAUUCUGGCAUUGGGGAACAGCAACGUGUGGCGCAAGAGAUCCUGACCACUCUAAAGGAACAUCCAGAUGCUUGGACCAGAGUGGACACUAUUCUGGAGUUUUCCAGCAACCAACAGACCAAGUAUUAUGCCUUGCAAAUCUUGGAACAAGUCAUCAAGACUCGAUGGAAAGUGCUGCCACGAAAUCAAUGUGAAGGAAUUAAGAAGUACAUAGUGGCUUUAAUAAUAAAAACAUCCUCGGACCCAGAAACUAUGGAGAGGGAGAAGACCUACUUGAACAAGUUAAAUAUGAUUCUUGUACAGGUUUUGAAACGUGAAUGGCCCAAGAACUGGGAGACUUUCAUCACUGACAUUGUAGGUGCGAGCAAGACUAACGAGAGUCUCUGCCAGAACAACAUGGCGAUUCUGAAGCUGCUCAGUGAGGAGGUUUUUGACUUUUCUUCUGGCCAAAUUACUCAAACCAAAGCGAAGCAUCUAAAAGAUACAAUGUGUUCGGAGUUUUCACAGAUUUUUCAGCUCUGCCAGUUUGUACUUGAGAAAUCUCAAAAUGCUCCUUUAGUAGCAACAACUCUGGAGACGCUCCUGAGGUUCCUUAAUUGGAUACCCUUAGGAUAUAUUUUUGAAACAGAAUUGAUAAGUACUUUGAUAUUCAAGUUUCUGAAUGUGCCCAUGUUUCGGAAUGUAACACUAAAGUGUCUAACAGAGAUAGCAGGUGUGACAGUGACUAACUACGAUGCUAUGUUCAUCAGCCUCUUCACACAAACAAUGGCACAGCUUGAACAGAUGCUGCCAGUCCAGACAAAUAUCAGAGAAGCCUAUGCAAGAGGUCAAGAUGCAGAGCAAAAUUUCAUUCAAAAUUUAGCAAUGUUUCUGUGCACAUAUCUGAAAGAACAUGGAAGCCUUGUUGAGAAAAAGGGAAUGGCUGAUAUGCUCUUGUUGGCUCUGCAAUAUUUAGUAUUGAUAUCUGAAGUGGAAGAAGUUGAGAUUUUUAAAAUCUGCCUGGAAUACUGGAAUGGACUGGCCGCAGAGCUGUACAGAGAAAACCCAUACACAAAUCAGACACCUAACUUUGCAAAGUAUACCAGUAUCUCUGGCCCACGCAGACAGUUCUACGCUCCAGUACUUACUAAGGUUCGUUACAUCAUGAUCUGCCGCAUGGCCAAGCCAGAGGAGGUCCUAGUGGUGGAGAAUGAAAAUGGAGAAGUGGUCAGAGAGUUUAUGAAGGACACGGAUGCAAUAAACUUGUAUAAGAAUAUGAGAGAGACCUUUGUGUAUUUGACACAUCUUGACUACGAGGAUACGGAGAGAGUAAUGACUGAAAAAUUACAGAACCAAGUGAAUGGAACAGAGUGGUCUUGGAAAAACCUUAAUACCUUAUGUUGGGCCAUUGGAAGUAUAUCGGGAGCCAUGCACGAGGAGGAUGAGAAGAGAUUCCUGGUGACUGUGAUCAAGGAUCUGCUGGGCCUGUGUGAGCAGAAGAAAGGAAAAGAUAAUAAGGCCAUCAUUGCUUCCAACAUCAUGUAUGUUGUUGGCCAGUACCCUCGAUUCCUGCGGGCCCACUGGAAGUUCCUCAAGACCGUAGUCAACAAAUUGUUUGAGUUUAUGCACGAAACUCAUGACGGUGUACAAGACAUGGCUUGUGAUACUUUUAUCAAGAUUGCCUUGAAAUGCAAGAGGCACUUUGUCACAGUUCAAGUUGGAGAAGUAAUACCUUUCAUUGAAGAAAUUCUGGGGAGUAUCAGCACCAUCAUUUGUGACCUGCAAACACAACAGGUCCACACGUUCUACGAAGCAGUUGGACAUAUGAUCAGUGCACAGGCAGAUUCCGUACAACAAGAAAUGUUAAUUGAAAAGUACAUGAUGUUACCAAACCAAUGCUGGGACUCGAUCAUCAGCCAAGCUUCCAAGAAUGUGGAUGUCCUGAAGGAACCAGAUGCUGUCAAACAGCUCAUCAGCAUCCUCAAGACAAAUAUAAAAGCUUGUAAAGCGUUGGGCCAUGCUUAUGUUAAUCAGCUGGGAAGAAUAUGCCUUGACAUGUUGAAUUUGUACAAAGUGAUGAGUUCAUACAUCUUGUCUGCAAUAACAAUAAAUGGAGAAGGUGUUACCAAACAACCCCUCAUCAAGAGCAUGCGGGUUGUAAAAAAAGAAAUUUUAAGAUUGCUCUCAGAUUGGAUUGAGAGAUCAAACGACCAUGCCAUUGUGCUGGAAAGUUUCAUCCCACCUUUACUGGAUGCUGUGCUAUUGGACUACAACCAGUGCUCUGUACCCGCAGUUCGGGAACCAGAAGUUCUGCUAGCCAUGUCCACCAUAGUCAACAAACUGGAGUGUGACAUCACCAAUGAAGUUCCAAAAAUCUUCGAUGCUGUGUUUGAGUGUACAUUAGAGAUGAUCAAUAAGGACUUUGAGGAAUAUCCCGAACAUAGAACUUACUUUUUUCUUUUACUACAGGCUGUGAAUAACCAUUGCUUUCCUGCGUUCCUCAGUAUCCCUCCUCCUCAGUUUAAGUUAGUUCUGGACUCCAUAAUUUGGGCAUUCAAGCACACAAUGAGGACAGUUGCCGACACAGGACUACAAAUUCUGUAUCAGCUAAUGAUAAACGUUGAACACCAUGAAGAAGCAUCACAAAGCUUUUACCUGACAUACUUCACAGAUAUUUUACAACAUGUAUUUUCAGUUGUAACAGAUACAUCGCAUACAGCAGGACUACUGUUGCACGCAACGAUACUGGCUCACAUGUUCAAACUGAUAGAAAUGAAUAAAGUGAAAGUGCCACUGAGUCGAAACUCCAAUGUGAACAACAUGACAUAUGUCCAGGACUUCGUAGCAUCACUCCUCAAGACAGCAUUUCCCCACCUCUCUGACAACCAGAUCAAGCUGACGGUACAAGGCAUGUUCAGUCUCAACCAUGACAUCCCUGGCUUCAAAGAGCAUCUAAGAGACUUCCUUGUGCAAAUCAGGGAAUUUACGGGAGAGGAUGACUCAGAUUUGUACCUGGAGGAGAGGGAGUUAGCUCUUAGAACAGCGCAAGAGGAGAAGAGGCGAGUCCAGAUGUCUGUGCCGGGCAUUCUCAACCCACACGAGAUACCUGAAGAGAUGCAGGACUAAUCCUAACCUAGGUUGUAAAGCAACGCAGCUGUGAAGAUGAGGUGAGGCUAAACCCAUGACGCCUGUCCAACCUUGGGACCAUGUUAACAUUGGACACAGCUCAUAGGCUUUUCAUUAAUAUUCAUCAAACAGUGAUUCUAUUUUUCAUAACGAAAUAAACAUUGCCUGUUGAUUGUUUAUAGCUUUAUGUAAAACUCAUAGUUGAAUUUGAAGUUCCUUUUCCCUUAUGUGAAUGAAAAGGCUAGUAGUAAGUGAAAAUCAGUGAUCAUUUUGGACUAAGUUUUUAUUUAAUUAUUAUUACCAGAUGUUUUAUACCAAAAGGUGAAGAUGUGAUGCAUGUGUGUUGGACAGCGUAUUACUCAGUACGGCCCGUGUCAUGGUGCGUGCCCUCUGUGAGGGCAUACCUCCCCAUCUGUGUGUGAGUCUUGUUAGGUUAGUCCUUGUUUGGAUGUAAAUUAUAAAGGACUUAUGGUUAGUUUGUCGUGUGGCUGAAACAUUAUUUGUUUUUAUUGCAAGAGAAUGAGUGUGUGUGUUUUGAGAAUAGGAUUAUUUUGUUACAUAUUUUACCUGUAAAAGUAAUGUUGUUACUUAUUAUUUUCCUGUUCUUUUUUAUGUUAAUCUUGACUAUUGUGGUCAUGUUUAUAAGAAAAACUUGAAUUACUGUUCAAAUUUAGCAAUAAAAAAGACGAAAAUAGUCUUCUAAAAAGUGUGACCAAAACUUGAAAAAUAAUUUUUAUUGAAUUUGUCAAAGUAUAAAUUAAGUAAGAGUGCUAAAGUUAAUGAAAAUCAAAUUGCACAAACAAAGAUUUCAUAUCAAAGUCAGGUAUUUAUUACAUUCAUUACUUUUUAUUUGUAAAUAGUGCAUUUACCAGAAAACAUUCCUGUCCUUGGAUUUUGUAACCAAUGUUCAGAUCUAGUCAGCUUCUGUUAAAAGAAAGUAAUUAUGAAUUGCAUAUAUAUAUUUUCAAUUCCAUGUAAUAACAAACAGUGUUAUUUUUUUAUUUUCUGACAUUGGUUGAGAAGAAAUGUAAAUGGAAAGCUGAACUAUGAGAUUCACACUUACCUGACUUGUUUGAUUCAACAGUGAUUUUUAAUGUAGGUGAUAUCAUUGAUCUCUCUUAAUGGGAUGUAUCAUAUCUUACUUAUUGUUUGAAUAUUUUGUUACUGUCUGUUAUAAAAAACUAAUUUAACACUUGAUAUCAAGUGUCAACUUUAAUACAAUCGAAGAUUUAAUUUAAAUUCACAUUUUUAUAUAAUGCAGUAUUUAACUAUGCUGAAUGAAAAUAGAAAAUUAUGUACAGUA